AUGUGGUUUAUGACGAGUAAUAGUAAUGAAAAACCGCUGGCACCUACCCCAACGGCUGAGAGUCAGCCAGAUAUAAAACCUAACAAUUCACAAGCAAAAUAUGUAGUGAAAUCAAAAGUGAUUCCUUUAUUCUUGAAAGACGCCUGCAGCGCUUUGGAAGUCUUCACGAAAAAACCGCAAAUAGAUAAAAUAAAACAGAUGAAGCCUAAAGAGAUAUAUUAUGAAAACAACACUAUCACAGUAAUAGGUAUUACUGUAUUUCUAGUAAUUUUGGUGUUGAAUGCGCUGUUUGACGUUUUGAAAGUAAAAGAAGAAGAAAGGGCUAGGAGGAAGCUAAAUCCCAAUGAUGAGAGAAGACAGUCUUUAUCCGAAUUUGCAAACAAGAAGUCAUUGAGAAGAGAAUCCAGCAGAUUUAGCUUGCAGUUAUUCCAAAUAGCUGAAUCUGUUGUGAGUACAAGUGAAAAUAAAGACAGCAAAAGCCGACGCGAAACCAGGCCGUAUACACGAGGCGAGUCAAUUAAUUCCUACCUGAGUGAAAAGAGUAUCAAAAUAGACAAUUCUGCACCGGCAUCUAUUGGCGAAGUUCCCACAGAAGCAAGACUCGUUAAAAGGCAAUCUAUAGUCAAAUUGAUUGGUCUGUCUGACGAC